AUGACAAUCAAUAAAUAUCUUGAACAUUCUAGUAAUAAAGGUUUGAAUGACAGUCAAUUAAAAACUUGUAUUUAUCUAAUUAACAAUCAAAACGAUAACGUUGAAUUAAAAAUUGAAGCUUUACAUUCGAUUUUAUUGACUACUUUGAAAGAUCAAAACAUUCCGGAAUUUAUUAUAGAAAGUUUAAUAGAAAAUAUUAAUAAAUACAGUCAAAUAUUAGCUUAUUUUGUUACUGCAACUUUAGAAGUUAUUUCUCAAAGACAGUCAAUAUCAAAUAUGAAUCAAUUAUGUUUGAAAUUAUUAGACGAUUGUAUACUAAAUGAAGAAAGUUAUAUUUCCUUUGGUAGAAAUUUAUUAGAUAAUUCUGAUUGUCCAUCUAUUUCAUCAAUAGUUGCUAAAAUCUUUGUUAACAGUUUAAAAAAUAAUCUUAAACUUUCUGAACAAACUCUCGAAUAUCUUAUUCAGGCACUGGAUAGUAAUGAUAAACAAACACAAAUUUUAUCAGCAAAGUCUUUAUAUCUAGCUCGAGAAAAGCAUGAUUUUCAUAAUGACCUCUUAAUUAAAUUAAAAGAUUAUGUAGCUAAUGAAAUACCUGAUGUCUCAGUUUAUUCAACAGUUGUUUAUGUACAAAAUCUUGCAAAAUUAUCAUCGACUGAAGAGCCUAUUAAGCAAUGC